AGAAAAACUUGAAGAAAAUGGCAGUUUUCCAAAGAGGGAACUGGCUGCACUUGUGGUCUCAAAGGUGUACUUCCAUCUGGGCUCUUACCUUGACUCCCUCACAUAUGCCUUGAGGUCAGGCCUAAUGCUUCAUCAGGAUCCAAAUCAACUCUACAUAGAUACUAUUAAAGUUCAUGCCAUUGACCACUACAUAAAACUCCGUGCACAAAAAGAUACCAAGAUGGACCCACGUUUGGAAUCUCUCCUGAACAGCAUGUUCAAGCGUUGCAUAAGUGAUCAGCAGUACCGCCAUGCCAUUGGCAUUGCAUUGGAAACGCACAGGAUGGAUUGGUUCAGAGAAGCCAUCAUGACCUCAGAUGACAUUGUUGGGAGUCUUACCUAUUCAUACAAAAUAGCCAUGCUGUACAUUGAGCAGCGCAGGUUCCGCGAUGAAGUCCUGGAACAACUGGUGUCUUUGUACCAAGGUCUCGAUACUCCAGAUUAUGUCAAUAUGUGUCAGUGCCUAAUACAUUUGGAUAAGCCACAUGAAGUAGCAUCCAUUCUAGAUAAAUUAAUAAAAAACGACAGUUUAAAAAGUGAAGCCAUGGACAAUGAACUGAUGGCUUAUCAAAUUGGGUUUGAUUUAUAUGAGAGCGCCACGCAAGAUUUAUUGUCUCACGUAAGCCAGGGCCUUCGAACGACUGCGCCUGUCCCCUGGCUAUUAAAAGAGAUAGAUGCUACCACCCCUAGCACAGCACUAAACACGGCAUCGUCACAGAAUGAGGGGGGAACAACGGGAAGCUCAGAGGAAGAAGAAAAGAGUGGUGGUGGGGGAACUACAGAAGAUGAAUCAGGAGAUGUACCCAUGACAGUGGAGAAGACUCUGGAUGAUUUGACCGAACUAGAAAAAACCCACCAAACUCGAGUUGAGAAGUUGGCGAGAAUUCUAAGCGGUGAAAUGACCAUAGAACAGCACCUCCAAUUCCUCAUUGCGAACAACCACACAGACAUGCUUAUACUGAGACACAGCAAAGAAGCGGUACGACAGUCUGUGUGCCACACUGCGACUGUCAUUGCCAAUGCCUUCAUGCACUGUGGAACCACCUCAGAUCAGUUUCUUCGAGAUAAUUUGGAGUGGCUUUCAAGGGCAACAAAUUGGGCUAAAAUGACAGCCACAGCUUCUCUUGGCGUCAUACACCGAGGUCAUGAGAAGGAGGCCCUUACUCUGAUGCAAGCCUACCUUCCAAAGGAAUCGAAUAGUCCUGGAUAUGCUGAGAGUGGCUCAUUGUAUGCGUUAGGAUUGAUACAUGCGAAUCAUGGGGCAAAUAUCAUUGAAUACCUCCUCAAUCAGACAAAGGAUGCCACAAGUGAUAUUGUGCGUCACGGAGGAUGUCUUGGGCUUGGAUUAGCCGCUAUGGGUACCCAGCGCACAGAUGUGUAUGAGCAGCUGAAGUAUUCCCUUUUCCAAGAUGAUGCAGUAACUGGAGAAGCUGCUGGAUUGGCUAUGGGCUUGGUAAUGUUAGGUUCAGCCAACGAGCAGGCUGUGUCUGACAUGGUGAAUUAUGCAAGAGACACCCAGCACGAGAAGAUUUUGCGAGGAUUGGCCCAAGGCAUUGCUCUUACCAUGUACGGCCAGCAGGACCAAGCUGAUGUGCUCAUUACGGAGCUCAGUGAGGAUAAGGAUGCCAUUUUGAGAAGAGCUGCUAUGUACACAGUUGCAAUGGCAUAUUGCGGCACAGCGUCGACUCCUGCAAUGAAACGUUUGUUACACGUAGCCGUCUCGGACGUAGAUAAUGAUGUCAGAAGAGCGGCCGUUGAAGCUCUAGGUUUCUUGUUAUUCAGGUCGCCAGAACAGAUACCAAGUAUGGUAUCACUGUUAUCAGAAUCUUAUAAUCCCCACGUAAGGUAUGGUGCAGCCAUGGCUCUAGGUGUUGCCUGCUCAGGAACUGGACAAAAGGAAGCGUUGGGUCUUCUUGAACCUCUCACAAAUGAUUCUGUCAAUUUUGUACGUCAAGGUGCGCUCAUAGCUUCUGCUUUUGUGCUGAUUCAGCAGACCGAAGCAACAUGCUCCAAGAUCAAAGAUUUCCGUCAGUUGUAUGCCAAGGUGAUCACAGACAAGCACGAAGAUUCCAUCGCAAAGUUUGGCGCCAUCCUUGCACAGGGCAUCGUAGAUGCUGGUGGCCGAAACAUGACUAUAUCCCUCCAGUCCCGAACAGGUCAUACUAGCAUGACCUCAGUUGUUGGAAUGUUUGUCUUUACACAAUUUUGGUACUGGUUCCCACUGGCUCAUUUCUUGUCUAUGGCCUUCACCCCUACCUGCCUCAUUGGCCUUAAUUCAGAACUGAAGAUGCCCAAAAUGCAGUUUGUUUCUAAUGCAAAGCCUUCUACCUAUGGCUACCCAGCUCCCUUGGAAGAGAAGAAGAAGGAAGUGGCUGAGAAAGUCACAGCAGUUCUUUCUAUAACUGCAAAAGCAAGAAAGAAGGAUGAUGAAAGGAAGAAGAAGGAACAGAAGGAUGAGAAAAUGGAUGUGGAUGAAGAGAAGGAGAAGAAAGAAAAGGAGGAAAAAGAAAAGGAGAAAGAGAAAGAAGAGAAGAAAAAAGAAGAGGAAAAGAAGAAAGAAGAGCCACCUUUUGACAUGCUUAGCAAUCCAGCGCGUGUGAUGAAGGCUCAGCUUAAAGUUGUCCGCAUGGCAGAAGGCUCUCGAUAUACGCCGGUCAAAGAACUUAACAUUGGAGGAAUUAUUUUGAUGAGAGACACGAAACCUGAGGAUAGUGAAGAGCUCGUCCAACCAGUACCUGCUUUGGGUCCUAAGGCAGAAGAAGAAACGGAACCAGAGCCUCCAGAACCCUUCAGAUAUGAGGAGGAUUAAUAUUCAAGCAAGCAUUACUUUUCUCUCAGUUUUAGAAAUUAACAGCUGAUUUACUAACUAACAGAGAAGCAAAUUGUACAGUAUUUAUCAUUCCUUUUGCAAACAUAAUAUAUUUCCUGAUAAUACCUUGUGAGAAUAGAUGAACUUGAUGCUGUUUUUCCCCAAAGGUCAUUUGGUGAAGAGGAGGUUACAUACUAAAGUAUUUUCUUUUGUGAAAUAUCUUUUAAGGACAAAGGUUUAAUGUGCAACAAUUUUGAAAUAAAAAAAGGAGAAAUUUA